GUUUCCUUGUGGCCUGCCUUCUGUGUUUUUCUCCCUGGUAUCCUGAUUGCCCAGCCCAUAAUUGUGGGAGGUCCCCAGAAUAUUCCUGUGAACAGGUCUGAUGUCAUUGAAAUGGCAGAAUUUUCUGUGGACAAAUACAAUAAAAAGUCAACUGAUGAAUAUUUGGUGAACGAGAUACAAAUAAUAAAAGCAACAAUGCAGGUGAUUGCAGGAAGGCGUUACGCUUUGGAUGUUCUGAUUGGGCAAGCACAAUGCAAGAAAAAUUCCUUUCCUAGAAAGAAAUGUUGUCACUUUGUGGUAGUAGUUCCUUUACUGAGGAGAAAAGAGCUUGAGGAAAUCACCUGCAGUCGUCACUGGACUUAUUGGCCAAAAUGUCCUCUUUAAAUGCCUGAAAGCCUCAUUUGUGCAUUUUUCUUCUUUGCAGUAUAUGACAUUUCAGGAUGUACUGCUCAAAUAAUAAAUCUGUUUCAAGCAUUAAA